CAUUAAGGCAUUUUCACACAGUCAAUCAUCAGGGGCAGACAGUCCUGAAGGCGGCAGAUUGAACCGAGUACUAGAGAGUUAUACAAACGAUUAUAAAAAAUUGCAAAGGAAACCUCAAAAUAUUACUCUGGAUCUUCAUUGUAUCAUAAGAUCAUAUCUUCCCUGGGCUGUCCACCAUGAAGAGCACUGCAGCAGCACCACAGACCUUUGAUCAAGAGGAUUGUGAUGUUUGGCUGGACACUGUGGAGCUGAAAGGAAAAGCUAAACAGAAGCGCCGUAGCCGUCCCAUUUCUAAACUGCUGAACCCGUUUUGUGAAGGUGCUGGAUACAGUUUGGCUGUGGCAUUAAACUUCACUCAGACCAAAACAGAAAUGCCAAAAACCAAACAGAGCUCCAUAUCUGCCUUUUUCACAGCUCAUCGGAGAGUCCUCAAUAAGAUGUCCACUUCUGAGCCACCAAACAUGGAUUCAGUGCAGCCUCUUUCAUCAUCUGACUCAGCUACACCGACAGCCACAGCAUCAGGGAAAAAACGAGGGCGCAAUGUUGGUUUUGAAAACUCCAACUUUGAGCCUGUUUUGGUUGACGAGCGUACAAGUGAAAAUGUGACUGAGAAGGAAACAGAAUUAUGGCAGACGCGUUCAGAAAACCAUUCAAAUUUACAAAACAUAUACUGUGAAUCUGAAGAAGAGAAGCCUGAAGAGUGUGAACCACCACAGAGUAAGAGGAGGGUCUCUGAUGCCACCUUUACACAAGAUGACUGUCAACCUCUACCACAGACGUGGAGUCAGGACCCGCUGUUCACUUUCAGUCAGUACACUGAAAAUAACUUUCAUCAGACUAGCCACAAAUGUACAACAGUGAAGAACUUCAGCAGCUCUGAGCCAAGUUUAGUAAACAGUCUGCAGAAUGAGGAGGAGGUCUUUAGAAAACUGAUAGAUGCAGAAGGACAAACCUCAACUCAAAAAUCUUUUAAACGUCUUCAUUCUUCUCGUAUGAUUGAUGAGAGGGAAAACAGCACGCCACCGUCUUAUAAUUCCCCAAGCAAAGACUCAUCUUCCUCUCAUUUCAGACCUGUUUCAAAUCAUAAGUGGACACAACCAAAAACCGCUUCACCUCGGAAACAAACAGGUCAGCUGUGGGAAAAGGCUGCAAAAGAAGAGAGCUCUGCCUUCCAGAUCAAGCGGACAAAACCGAUAAGCUCUCCUCUCAAAAGGCGAAUGCCGCAGCAGCGAAGCAGAGAACUCGAUGAGGACAGUUUGGCCACUUUGUUCACUCAGGACUCUGAAGGGUUCAGGGUGAUCGCACACAGAGGUCUGCACACCAGGAGUCCUCUCAAAGAUCAGAGUAACGUCAGCAUGGGAGUGGUGAGUGCUUACAAAUCUCUGCCGGAGGAGGAGGAAGAGGAUGAAGAGAUGCUGUUUACUCAAGACUCUCAGGGAAAUGUAGUGAUUAAACACUGAAAAACAGCCUUUUAAAGGCACUACAGAUUUCAGAUGCUGUUCCAAAUCUUUUCCAAAAAUGUGGAUUUUGGAGGAUAAAAUAUUGAAAAAUCCUUUUUUAAGGACUUUCAGGUUGGGGAAGUGCUGUAAACCUGUAUUCUUUUUAAUGGCCAGUAGGGGGCAGCUCAUGGACUGAAAAAAGAAGUCUGAUUAUUACAAGUCUACAGGAAAGUUAGCUUUCAGCGCCUUUGAGUUAUUAGCCCAGUUAAUUCUUCUCUGGAGAGUUUCAAGAUCUCAUUUCAUAACCUAAUGUUUGUAAAUUGUGAUUUAUCUGACUGCUGACAUACGAGUGUGUAGUGUCUGUGGAUUUGCACCCCUUCGCUGUCACUUCUUGUUUCAAAACACUAAAAUGGGGAAGUCAAGAUGUUCAGUGUGAGAAUUAAAGCCGGGACUUCACCAGCCAGUGAGUAACAUCGUGGUUUUAUGUAGUCUAUGAACCUAGCAGUACACGGCCAGCUUGUAUGCUGCAGGUCUUGUUGUGUCAGGCCUGUCUCAGAUUGAAGGCUUUCUUCUACACGAGUCCCUUUGUUUUAAAAGUUAGCCAGGUUCUUGCUUGUUCUUGGUUUGGACUUCUUGCCCUCCUGCUCAAAACAGGGAGAGCUGCUUCUGUGAUAUUACAAGCCAUUAUGACCAAAUAUCAUCAGUUCUUACCGUACAGGGAUGAGGCGGAAGAACAUUUGUUUUGGUUUAUUUUUCUACUCUGUGAUUGUCUUCUUUCCAUGUCAUGGCUGAUCUCCUGAGAUUUUAUUCUUUGUUUCUCCCUUUCAUGGUUCUU